GGAUCACCUCGAACUGGAACUUGUCGUCCAUAUGCCAGUUGAAGGAAUGAAAUGGCCUAUUGGUGAUCUCAUGAAUGACAUAACUGAACUUCCCAACGUUACCAACUUGGAACUUACUGUGGAUUUAAUGUCGGGAGGGCACGCCAUAGGAGCCACUCUCGCCAAGCUCAUAUCCAGGUGCAAGAAACUCCAACACCUCUCCAUUGACAUUGACAUCAACGACGACUACGAUGAAGAGGAAUACGAAGGCAUGGAAUAUUGUUCGGAUUCGUCGUGCUUCUGUCGCCAGCCCAUGGGCUGGGAGGACAAGGCGAUCUCGCUGGAGCACCUUACGGUGGCCGCUAUCUGUGGCUCGGCGUCGGUCGGUGACCUGGCGAAGCUUGUGCAUCUGUUGGUCGCUAACUCGCCGGCGCUGGUGACAGUGAAGGACGAACGCGGCACACACAGCUACGGCGGCGUGCGGCGGCGAACUUCGGCCCAAGAAAAUGAAGAGGAAGGCCAAGACAAUGGAAGAGAAAGGAAGAGGAGGAAGACGAUGGACGGCAUUUAAUUAGACACUAGACGACUUUUAAUCAUUAUUUUCUAUGUAAAUUUUAGUUGUACAUCUUGGUAAUUAAUUUGGACAUACUGGAUACAAUAGACGUAUUCGCGGCCUUUUGGGUCCAACUAUUUAAAUGAUUUUAUUUUGCUAUUGCUGGCA